AAAAUUAAUCAAUUUUUAUUUUAAUUCAAAGGAAAAAAAUCCAUACCCAUACUAUUAAAUCAAAGCAAAAACUUCAUCAAGUUACUAUUCACCGACUACAGCAACAAAAACUUGACUAGGCCUCUGAAGUCUGAAACAUAAUCGAAACAGAGCUAAAAAUAUAGAGGAAAGCGAAGUCAGUCACUUAAAAUAAUGCUUUCAAAAUCAUCAUCUAUAGCAGUACACCAGCCACUACUACAUUUCCUUCUUCUUCUCCUCUCCAAUUUUUCAUGGGCAACUUCAUCAUCAAAUUCAAGUACACCUCAAAACUUCAUUCAAUGUGUGACAAUCAAUUCUCAACUUUCAGUACCAGUAGUCACAACCCUUUUCACACCAAACACUUCUUCAUACAUUUCUGUUCUAACUUCUACACUAUCUAAUCUCAGGUUCUUAGAACCCUCAUUUUCAAAACCCCAAUUCAUCUUUACUCCCCUCCAUGAUUCCCAUGUACAAGCAGCCGUGCUUUGCUCAAGAAAGCUAGGCUUCCAUAUCAGAAUUCGUAGUGGAGGCCACGACUACGAAGGAGUCUCCUUUGCCUCCCACUUCCAAACUCCUUUCAUUCUCAUAGAUCUGAUCAACCUUCGACUAGUCGAUGUUAACAUUGAACAAAACUCAGCUUGGGUUCAAGCUGGCGCCACAAUUGGAGAACUUUACUACAGAAUUUCACAGAAGAGCAAAGUCCACGGCUUCCCAGCCGGGAUUUGUCCGAGCGUGGGAAUUGGAGGGCACAUAACUGGUGGAGCUUAUGGGUCUUUGAUGAGAAAAUAUGGACUCGCAGCUGAUAAUGUACUCGACGCACGAAUCGUCGAUGUGAACGGACAAAUUCUUGAUAGAGAAAAGAUGGGAGAAGACUUGUUUUGGGCGAUUCGCGGUGGCGGUGGAGGAAGCUUUGGAAUCAUUCUUUGGUGGAAGAUUAGGCUUGUACCUGUGCCUGAAACAGUCACACAUUUUAAGAUUGGUAAGACGUUAGAACAAGGGGCCUUGAAGCUUGUCUCUCGAUGGCAACAAGUUAUGGAUAAGUUGGAUGAAGAUCUCUUCAUGAACGUUCGUUUUACUGUAAUUAAUUCAAGCUGCAACAGUAGUGUUAAUCAGAGAACACUGAGGAUUGAUUACAACGCACUAUUUCUUGGGGACUGUAAUAGAGUCCUGCAAGUUGUCGAAAAAAGUUUCCCUGAAUUGGGUUUGGAGAGGAAAGAUUGCAUGGAAAUGAGCUGGGCUGAAUCGGCUUUUUACUUAUUCUCAUAUGGCAAACCGGUGGAAAGCCUUCUCGAGGUGAAAACUUCACCAAGAAUUUACUUCAAAGCCAAAACAGAUUUUGUCACAGUUCCCAUACCUGAAGAAGCCCUCGAGGAAAUGUGGACAAGGUUGUUGAAGGAAGAGAACGAGCCUAUGAUUUGGACUCCAUUUGGUGGAAUGAUGAGUAAGAUUUCGGAAACAGAAAUUCCAUACCCUCAUAGAAAGGGAAUUCUUUUCAUGAUUCAGUAUUUGAGUACCUGGGAAGAUGAAGAAGAUUCAGAAAGACAUGUUGAUUGGAUUAGGGAGUUGUAUGAGUACAUGACUCCUUAUGUUACCAACUCUCCAAGACUAGCUUAUGUCAAUUACAGAGAUCUUGAUUUGGGGAUUAACGAGAAAAACACCAACUUGUUAACUUUGACAAGUAGUGAUCAUUGGGGUAUAAAGUAUUACAAAAAGGAUAACUUUAAGAGAUUGGUGCAAGUGAAGAGCCAAGUUGACCCUGAUAACUUCUUCAGGCAUGAACAAAGUAUUCCACCUCUAAAUUACUAGUACAGUUGCUUUAACUUUUAUUUUUAUGUAUUUAAAGCUGGACGGAAUAGAUGAUUAUGUACUUGCAUCUCACAUGUAAGUAUGCUGUGUAAGGACCUAUUAUUAGGCUAGUAUGGUGGGCUACCAUAUAUUAAAUAAAAGGUUAUUUGAGUUUUUGUAUUGUGGGUAGUGUUUAGGAGAGAAUACAAUAGUAUAUAUAGGUGAGUAAGAGAGAGUAUGUAAUGUAUUGAGUAAAUCACUUUUUCUAUAGAAGGGGCCUAAGGGCUCCCACCAAUUGCAAUUGCUCUACUCAUACAUAUAAUACAUACAUUUUUAGUGUUUGGCUACUA